AUCAUAUCUUCUGUUACCUAUUUCUUUCAACUCAGCUUUUUACGUUCUAAGGCUUUUCGUUUUCUCUUUCUGUUAAACAAAAUUUAGAUAAGAAGGCAACCUUCAAGAAUGAUAUCAGCAAUCGCAUGGGUGCCAAAAGGGGCGUCAAAGCCUGAACCAGAAGUGUCUGAGUUACCUUCCAAAGAAGAAAUUGAAGAACUGAUUAAGACCGGUGCUUUAGAGAGAAGUGAAGAUAAUGGUAGUGAGGAUGAAGAUGAAGAUAUGGAUGCUGAAGCUAAGAAGCAAACCGGUGAAGUUGCCCAAGCACUUGCUGUGGCAGAGGCCCUUGGAAAAACUUCCAACAACAAGUCAGGGGCACAAUUAGAAGAUCUUACAGAUGGGUUGAAAGAACUUGACAUGGAAAAUUAUGACGAAGAGGAUGAUGGUAUUGAGCUAUUUAGCAAGGGUCUUGGUGACCUUUACUAUCCAAGCAAUGACAUGGAUCCAUAUUUAAAGGAUCAGGAUGAUGAUGAUUCAGAAGAGAUUGAGGACAUGACCAUUAGACCUAUGGAUGCUGUCGUAGUUUGUGCACGCAAUGAAGAUGAUGUCAGCCAUCUUGAGGUUUGGAUAUAUGAGGAUUCAGACGAUGGUGAUUCAAAUAUGUAUGUUCACCAUGAUAUCAUCAUUUCAGCAUUUCCCCUUUGCACUGCAUGGCUUGACUUCCCACUUAAAGGGGGAGAAAAAGGGAAUUUUGUGGCUAUUGGUUCAAUGGAGCCGUCGAUUGAAAUAUGGGACCUUGACAUUAUCGAUGAAGUGCAACCAUGUGUGGUAUUAGGUGGUGCAGUGGAGAAGAAGACAAAAAAAGGAAAGAAGGUUCACUACCGAAUUUCUUCCAGAUUUAAUGCCCUUAAAACUUUUAAAUUUGAUCAGCUCUUUCUUUUGUAA